AUGGCAUCUGCACCUAUCCCUAACAUCCCCAACGGUGGCGACUUCGGCGAUUUCAUCGAUUCCGAUGAUGAGUGCGAGGUAGAGACGGAUGCUGAACCUCGCAUACGGUACUGGGAAGGCUUGUACUGCCCUCUUUACGUCGGAGAGGUGCUCGACGGCAGGUACCGUAUCGAGCACAAACUCGGCUGGGGAGGCUUCUCUACUGUAUGGCUGGCCCACGACACCCAACAGAACAAGGCCCAAGGAGAACACAAGCGCGCCAUGCAAGACAAGAUUAUACGGACCGUACGAGAUACAUCUAACCUCGUUACGUAUCCAGCUUUUUUCCGCUAUCCCGGCCAGAGAGGCGAUUACCAUACAGUAUUCGUGUUUCCGCUACGAGGCCCGAAUCUCGACACGGCCUGCUUCAACCUACCGCCUAAGUUUCGGGUCCCCGCAGCAAUGCCGCUGCUUUUGUCUCUGAAGAGUCUACACGACGCUGGAAUUGUCCACCGAGACCUAAAUAGCGGAGCAGCUCUAUGGGGUAUUGAUUUCAUUGACGACCGACCACGAAAGGUGCUUUUAGCAGAGGAUGAGGGGAGGCCUGGGGAGCUCGUAGAACCAAUCAGUUUUCCGCGGGAAAUGCUUAGACAUCCCGUAUGCCUAUGCGACUUUGGCCUUGCGAUCAAGUCCGGGACUGUGGUAGAAAACACCGCUCAGCUUCCGCCCUUGUUAUGUGCUCCAGAGAGGCUGCAUGGUAUAAACCCGAGUUUUGCGAGCGAUAUGUGGAGCUUUACAUGUAUCUUUGCAAAGAUCUACCUAGGCGUCGAAAUCAUUUGGGGUGAGGGCUCUACCCCGGUUUCCAGUAUAGUCAAUAUAGUGGGACCCCUUCCAGCGCAUUGGAAAGGCCAUUUUGGUAAUGGCACCGCGGCUAAGGACUGGUGGUACGAUCAAAGUGGCUCGAUGCCUCUGUCUAAGAUCUUGGGAGGAUAUGAAACGCUCGAAGGGAAAGUUGACCGCCUUCGACCUGAUAUUUGCCGAGAUGGGCGAGAGCAUGCUCUGUCUAUUAUGAAAAGGGGGUUUUCUUGCUCACCAGAGCGCCGAAUUACUGCUACUCAGUUGCUCGAGGAUCCUUCAUUUAAAGCUCUCAUGUCUUAUUAUAUACCUUAG